CGGAAGAACACAGAGUUAUGCCACCGCCCCUCCUGCCCCAGGCCUGAUAGGGAACUUCAGAUAAGGAGGGUUGGGCAGCAGUGAGAAAUUUCUAUUAUUACUACUGUGCACAAUACCGGGCAGCUCACCCAGUUAGGUAAGAAGUAGAACAGGUCGGCCCCAGUCUGAGCACUUUGCUAACGGGAACACGCCCUGAAACCUGAGCGCAUCACUACCAAGAGCCUGAGCAAAAGAGGCAUCCUCGUUACAACACGAGCACAUCCCUGUUAGAGGCCUCCACAAUGAGCGUCGCGCAAGAGACCCCUGCUCCAGAGCAACCGAAACAUGAGGAAGACGGGGGCAACGCAGCCAAGGCCUUUUAUGACACUUUAGCACCAAAGAAAAAGCCCAAACUUCCAAAGCCUCAGAAUGCAGUGACAAUCGCUGUGUCAUCCAGGGCUUUGUUUAACAUGGCGGAGGAUAAAAAAAUGUUCGAUGAGGAAGGUGUGGAGAAGUAUGUUCAUUAUCAGCAAGAACACGAGCAAGAACCACUGAAAACUGGGCCUGCCUUCCCGUUUGUUAAGGCGAUUGAAGUGGUUAAUAGCAGGCUCCGAACGCUUUAA